CGUUGCCCGGAAGUAGAGUCGGUGGAAUUCUUCCUCAGAUUGUUAUCGCUUCCUCAGAAUCCACUGCAAAUGUGGAGGAAGGACUGAAGCUAGCUGAAAGCUGUGGCUGUUCGCGGUGUAUUAUCCCAUAUUUAUGGACAUUCAGCAUUCACCCGGAAUCCAUCCUGUUAAAUAUAAUAUUUGAAGUCUUGUGUCUAAUAAGCGGAACAGAAGGUGGUCGUGAAUGUUGGUAAAUAACGGACAGUAGAUGUUGACAGCAGAGAACUUCACAUCCGGACAUGGUGCUUUGACAGAAGUGAUGCUGCAUCGCCAGUAUGGAGUCUUUGAUAUUUUAUUUAGUGCUGUUAGCUCCACUUUUAGUCCACUGUGCUGUGAAACCAGCAUCUGUUGAAGAAGACUUGAGAAAUCAGGAAGAGGUACAAGAGUUUGAUGCGCUCAGCUCCUUACUGUCAGACUUUGAGGUGGUGCCUGCAUCAGGACUCCAGCUUCACUCGGUCAGGAAAAGGGACGUUGAUGCCCGAUCACAUGUGGAGCGGCUGGUCAGCUUCACAGCUCUCCAGAGGCACUUCCAAUUGUACUUGACAACAAACACAGAACUUUUCACGGACAACUUCAAGGCUGUAUUCUUAGAUGAGAAUGGAAAAGAGGACCAAUAUGAUAUUCAGUUACAGAAUUACUUUAAAGGACACGUAGUGGGAGAGGAGCACUCACGUGUGCAGGCACACAUAGAUGGGGAUGAGUUUUCAGCCCACAUUCUUACUGAAAAGGCCGAAUAUAAUGUAGAGCCCUUGUGGCGGUUUACAGAGUUGCCCCCUGAUGGCCGUUUGCUGGUGUACCGCUCAGAAGACAUUAAGAACAUUAGUCGACUGUCCUCACCCAAAGUGUGUGGAUAUGUGAACGCUGAUGCCCAGGAUCUCCUGCCAGAAGAGGCGAGAGCAGCAGGACAAACGGAGGAAGAGCCUCACAACAGGGAGAGAAGAUCAAAAGACCAAAAGAAGAACACCUGCCCGCUGCUGUUAGUGGCAGAUCAUCGCUUCUAUAAACACAUGGGCCGUGGAGAGGAGAGCACCACCCUCAACUACUUGAUUGAGCUGAUAGACAGAGUGGAUGAUAUCUAUAGGAACACAUCCUGGGAUGAAGAAUUUAAAGGUUACGGCGUGCAGAUUCAACAGAUAAUCAUAAACAAGGAGCCCACAAAAGUUGACCCAGGAGUGAUUCACUACAACAUGAAUGGAAGCCCAUUUGGAAGAAGCAACGGUGUGUGGGAUGUGAAGAAGCUUCUGGAACAAUUCAGUUCUGACAUCGCAGACAACGCCUCUGCAGUUUGCCUCGCCCAUCUCUUCACCUAUCAGGACUUUGACGAUGGCACUCUGGGUCUGGCAUACGUGGCCCCUUCCAAACAGGGAUUGGGAGGACUCUGCCCUAAACCAUACUAUCCAUCCCAGACCGUCAAGAAACCCAGUUACCUGAACACUGGCUUGACAAGCACCAUGAAUUAUGGAAAAACUAUUCUGACUAAGGAAGCAGAUCUUGUAACCACUCAUGAGCUCGGACACAACUUCGGAGCUGAACACGAUCCAGACAACAUAGCUGAUUGUGCUCCCAACGACGACCAGGGCGGCAAAUUUGUCAUGUACCCUAUUGCGGUCAGCGGAGAUCACGCCAACAAUAAGCGCUUCUCCAGCUGUAGCAGGUUCUCGAUCAGUAAGACGUUAAAGAUCAAGGCCCAACAGUGCUUUAAGGAGAGGAGCAGUAAGCUGUGUGGAAACUCCCGUGUGGAGGAGGACGAAGACUGCGACCCUGGACUGCUUCAUCUCAAUGAUGACCCCUGCUGCACAGCUAAGUGCAAAUUCAAGAAGAAUGCACUAUGCAGUGACAGGAACAGCCCCUGCUGCAAGAACUGUGAGUUUGAAAGUGCAGAUAAGAUCUGUCAGGAGACCAUCACUGCCACCUGCAAGAACAUGUCGAGGUGCACAGGCAAGAGCAGUGAGUGCCCCACACCUGGUAACCUGGUUGAUGAUACAGAGUGUGUGGACAAGGGUCGAUGUCAGAAGGGCGAGUGCAAGCCUUUCUGUGAGGCCUUGCAUAAACUUGAGUCCUGCGCCUGCAACGAGACUGAACACUCAUGUAAAGUGUGCUGUAGAAGAAAAGACGGGCUGUGCACUCCCUUUGAUAGUAAAGGGUCAUUUCUUUACCUGCGCAAGGGCAAACCCUGUACCGUUGGCUUCUGUGACGGGGCCGGUAAAUGCAUGAAGCAAGUCCAAGAUGUCAUUGAACGUUUAUGGGACUUUAUAGACAAACUGGACAUCAACACAUUUGGGAAGUUUUUGGCUGACAACAUAGUGGGAUCAGUGGUGGUCUUCUCUCUCCUGUUCUGGAUUCCUCUAAGCAUACUGGUGCACUGUGUGGACAAGAAACUGGAUGAACAAUAUGAGGAAAACUCCAAAACUAUGAUGUACCCCAGUCAGAUGGUGGUGGAGGUGUGUAGUAGAGCUCUCAACUCAGAGCGCAGAGAUACUGAGCAGUCUGGAAUCGGCGCCCCUCCGCAUUGUCAAGGCCCCUCAUCUGCAUUCAGUGGCAGCACGACCUCAGCACUCACUGGGCCACACGGGCCCCGGCGUCUCAUCGGCACAGGAGACGCUCGCCGCCCCAGACCCUGCCAACCUCUCCGCCGCACCCAGAGCGGAUCAGCUGCGAAUGGCCACCAUCGAGGAGGACCCCAGCGGCGACUCCUCUCACCCGGACGAGGAGGAAGGCUUCCCUCCAAGCGGCACAGCUGCCAGGUCCUUCGAGGACCUCACCGGACAGGCAAUGCCAUCCCGCGGGGACAAGAGGCGGCUGACGAGACAGGCGCGCAUUGACAGUAAGGAGACCGAGUGCUGAAGACACAGGCUCAAAUAUCACUUGAUUGAGACAAGAGCCGUGAUAAACAGGGUGCAAUCAGGCUUCAUUUUGUUGGUGCACUUAAAAGUGUAUGUGAUGUGUAGACUGCUGACACAUUUCGGUUGGUUCUUCAAAAUUUUGUAGCAUUAUUUUAAAGCACAAUUAUAGUUGUUACAAAUAUAGUGUCACUUAAAGGUUUAGUUCACUUCAGAAUGAAAAUUUCCUGAUAAUUUACUCACCCCCAUGUCAUCCAAGAUGUUUUUCUUUCUUCAGUUGAAAAGAAAAUAAGGUUUUUGAGGAAAACAUUCCAGGAUUGAAGAUCCAAAAACAUUCCAACGAGUUGAAGGUCCAAAUUGCAGUUUCAGUGCAGCUUCAAAGGGCUCUACAUGAUCCCAGAUGAGGAAUAAGGGUCUUAACUAGUGAAAUGAUCAGUUGGUUUAAAAAAAAAAAAAAACUUGCUCGGUACUUCCACCUAUGUCACACGUGACCUUUCCAAUGUGAUUACAUAAUGCGUGGCACAUCGCAGAACUAGUGCAAUAUGAACAUUUGUGGUUAAAAACUAUUUCAAGUUUUUUUUUAUUCCUCGUCUGAGUUCAUGUAGAGUCCUUUGAAGCUGCAUUUAAAAUGCAAUUUGGACCUUCAACCCGUUGGUAACUGUUCAAGUCCACUAUGUGGAGAAAAAUCCUGGAAUGUUUUCCUCAAAAACCUUAAUUUCUUUUUGACUGAAGAAAGAAAGACAGACAUAAACAUCUUAGAUGAUAUGGGGGUGAGUAAAUUAUCAGGAAAUUUUAAUUCUGAACUGAACUAAUACUUUUAAGUGAUUUGCCCCAUAUACUUCUGCUGUAACCAUUUAGGCACUUUUAGUUGUUUUUAUAAUCUGAAGUACAAAUCAAAAUUAUUUUGUGGUAAUUGACAACCACAGAUGCUGUCUAUACAGUUUAAAGGGACAGUUCACCUAAAAAUGAAAAUUCUGUCAUUAUUUAAUCACCCUAAUGUCAUUUCAAACCCCAAAAUCCUCCAAAGCACUGACAACUCAAAGACAUUGUAAACCGUCUAUACAAAUCGAGUGGUUUAAUCCAUCUUCUGAAGAGACAUGAUUGCUUUAUAUGAUGAACAGAUUCUUGCGCAUCAAGCAGGCAUGGCUGAGAUUCCAUUUACCGUAUUUGGUGAGCUCUGUGUAUCUGUUGAUCAAUGUUUAUAUGUGAACCAAAUCAUAAAAUAAAUCUGUUCAUCACGUGAAUUCAGGUUUCAUUAAAAAUAAAUGAAUUUGUGUUUCGAAGAUGAUUGAGGAUUGGUUGAGUAAAUGACAGAAUUUUCAUUUUUGGGUGAACUAUCCCUUUAACUUGUAUUUAACCUGAAAUAUUCCUUUAAUACAGACAAUGUGCCUUGUAACAGUUCCAGUAGUGCAAAUUCUUGUAUUCUCAUUCAUUUAUACCUCAUUAAAAACAUGCCUACAGCACGCCUCUAUACGUGUCAUCACACUUUUAAUGCUGCACUGGUCGACUUGCUGAGAAAAUUCAAGUGAUGCAUGUUCAAUGCCAUAUGUAUAUGAAUCAACUGUCAUACGUGUAUGCGAACUGUAAGAGGAGAUGCUAUUUAUGAGUUUUCUUGUACACUUUCUUAAAGCUUAAUGAUAGAGACUGCACAGGAUGUUAAACAUGUUUUCAUAUAUUUUUGCAAUUUAAUUCUUGUUCAGUUUAUAUGUGCUUCUAUACACUCUAUAGCAUCUCGUGUCAUUUUAAUAUAGCAGUAUAAUUAUGUGAAACACUGAUUACAGAGCCGAGGGAUGUGCAUAUUUCAUAGAUUUUCUCUUGUUGCCACUAAAACGGUUGUAUAGAUGUGACCAAAAUCAAUCAAUACUUUAGAAAGGACUAUCAUGCCCCCACUGUGAAAUAUCUAUGACUAUUAAAGCUGAGUUUUAACGUUUUCAUGUGCCAUAAGUCAAUGGACUAAAUAUAUAUUUUGUAUUGUUUCUUAUAUUCCUGUAUAUCAAAUCAGAAUUAAAACCUCUCACUUGGAUGUUGAAAGCUGUAUUUGAUGUCAAUCUGCUAUUAUUCAAUGUGUUUCUUAUGCUUGGUUGUUACAUUUAUUUAACGCAUUCUUGGGAUAUGAACCCACAUGAAUAAACUGCCUCCACACUGAA